UUCUCCCUCCUCCCUCCCUCCCUCCCAUACAUUAGUGGUUUUCCGGCAAUAUGUUCGCCUCCGAUGGACUUCUCCGUUACCCUUUUCCGGCCAUCGAAAGCGGUUUCACGAUGUGGGGGGAAUUCCAUGAAACCACCACCACCCCUUUGGAUUUUCCAUCUUUAGAUCAUCAAGCACUUGCCUUUUCAACUUUUAAUGAACCGGAUCAGUUAUCACCACCUUUACAAAAUAAGAAAAUGAAACCCGGUUCGUAUGAACCGGUCAUUGAUGAUGAGAGGCGGCUUAGACGAAUGGAAUCAAACCGGGAGUCGGCCCGACGGUCACGCGUGAGGAAACAGAAACACUUGGAGAAUUUGAGGGAAGAGAUGAACCGGCUGAGAACCGGGAAAAGGGAAUUAGCGAACCGGUUAGAGUUUUUGUUGCAGCAGAACCGAAUCAGGAAGAGAGAGAACGACGGUUUACGAUGUGAAUCGGAGAAAUUAAGGCAAAAACUUUGGCUUAUGCGUCAAAUUUUGAUCCUUCAACAUUUGUCACAUAAUAAUAAUAAUAAUAAUUAGUUACCU